GCAGUUCGCCCAUUGAAAAACCCUCACUAUCCCCUGCUGCUACUCAACUUUCCUCUCCUGCUCCGGCGGUGAAUUUUGAACAAGUAAGAAGUAGGAUACACGCGCCACCGUAGCUCCGAUAACAAUGUCGACAGGCUUUUCAUUCUCCUCCUCUUCUUCGCCCUUCUCCUUCUCUUCAAACCCGUCUUUUUCCUCCACGCCUAACACCGCUGCUGCUACCGUUUCUUCCUCAUUUUCCUUCUCAAACCCUAACCCUAGCCCCGCCACGUCUGCUCCUUUUGGAUUUGGCUCUUCUGCUUCUUCAGCCUCUUCCGGUCCUUCCUUUUCUUUCGCCGGUUUCGGCUCUUCUUCUACCGGUGCUUCUACAGCGUCGUUUGGCUUUUCAUCUAGUGCUUCUUCUGGUUCCAGUCCCACACCCGGCUUAUUCGGAUCUUCUUCCGGUUCGGGUACCACUUCAAACUUACUCGGAUCUUCGUCCGGUUCUGGUACCACUACGAACCUGUUCGGAUCCACUACAUCUGCUAGUAGUUCCCCAUUGUUUGGGACAACUUCAGCUACCGCCGCUGCCAAUUCAUCCCCCUUCGGUAGUUCUGCACUUUUCGGGUCGUCAAGUACUCCGUCGCGGGGCUUGUUUGGGUCGGGCUCUGGUUCGGGUUCAAGUUCAAGCUUGGGCUUAUUUGGUUCUUCUUCAUCUUCUCUGUUUUCAUCACCAUUAACUGCUUCUUCUACUGCAACUGCAGCAACUACUACUAGCACUACUUUUUCUUCCACCACUCCAUUCGGUUUUUCUGGUUCGGCCUCAUCAGCAUCCGCAUUUUCUUCACCGGCAUUUUCGUUUGCCAGCUCAGCAGCUGCCAGUUCAGCAUCUUUUGCCCCGUCAUUUUCACUGUCAAGUGCUGCAACCACCACUUCGGUAUCUUCUGCACCGGGAUUUUCACUCGCCACGUCAUCAACUAGUUCAGCAGCACCUGCAGCGUUUUCAUUAUCAACGCCAAAUUCACCUGCACCUGCAUUUCCAUUAUCAGCGUCAAGUUCAGCAGCACCUGCAUUUUCAUUAUCAGCGUCAAGUUCAGCAGCACCUGCAUUUUCAUUAUCAGCGAUAGUGUCUAGUUCACCUGCACCUGCAUUUUCAUUAUCAGCGUCAAGUUCAGCAGCACCUGCAUUUUCAUUAUCAGCGAAAGCGUCUAGCUCACCUGCACCAGCAUUUUCCUUUUCAACUGCAUUUGGGACCACGCCAGCUUCAGUCUCUUCAUCAUCGCCAUCGCCUUUUUCAGCUUCUACUUCUCUGUCAUUUUCAGUUACAAAAGGGACAGGAAGCUCUGCAGCCGCUUCGAGUGCUCCUUCACUGACUACUGCUUUUCCAUUUAAUACGUCUUCCAGUACUGCUUCUUCAAGUGCAACCCCGGUGUCCAAACCUGCUAGUACCGGUUUUUCAAUUGCUUCAUCGCCUUUGUUUUCGACAGUUACUACUACUACUACCACCAGCAUUUCUACCACUGCAACUGCUACGGGAGCUUCCUCUGCUGUUUCUACAACUAGUGGAACCGGGACUGGUUCAUCUCUGACAUUUCCUGCAUUUAAUGCUGCACCCUCUUCUUCAGCUUCAACAACAAGUGCUGCUGCUCCAACCACAAGUUUUUCGCUGUCUAGCAAAACAUCUGCAUCAACUGCGGCUGUGCCAAGCUUUAGUGUCCCAAGCACAACUUCUGGCGCUGCAACAAGUUCAGCAGCUCCGACAUCAUCAGCCUUGACUGCAACUGCUAGUAGUGGGACUACUUCAACUUCUACUGUAGCUGCCACUUCCACAACGAAAUUACCUUCAGAAAUUACAGGAAAGUCUGUAGAAGAGAUCAUCAAGGAAUGGAACGCUGAGCUGCAAGAACGCGCUGCAAAAUUUAGAAAGCAGGCUAAUGCAAUAGCUGACUGGGACAAAAGGAUCUUGCAGAACCGUGAUAUUCUUCUCAGACUAGAGAGCGAAGUUGCAAAGGUUGUUGAGACACAAACCAGCUUAGAGCGACAACUGGAGCUAAUUGAGACUCAUCAGGAAGAGGUUGACAAGGCAUUGCAAAGCAUGGAAGAAGAAGCUGACAGAAUUUACAAAGAUGAGAGAGGUGUGAUUCUUGAUGAUGAAGCUGCAUCAACAAGGGAUGCAAUGUAUGAACAGGCUGAGUUUGUGGAGAGGGAAAUGGAGAAGAUGACAGAGCAGAUCAAGUCAAUCAUUAAUACACUUAAUGCGAGCCAGGGUGGAGAACUUGAGGCACCAGAUGGAAUGACACCGCUUGAUGUUGUUGUCCGAAUCUUAAACAAUCAAUUGAGUUCACUGAUGUGGAUUGAUGAAAAGGCUGAAGAAUUCUCUUCUCGUAUUCAGAAGCUUGCAAACGAAGGAUCUGCUGCCAAUCGUGAAUUAACGGGCCCUAAAUUAUGGUUGACUCGAUGAUUGGUGCACUCUGCUAGGUGCUGUGAACAGUUUCAUGUAGAAGUACAAAUCUGAGGGAAUCUCUCGACUCUUGUUGGAUCUCUUUUUCCAGCUAUGUGUAUGCCAUUAGUUUUCAGUCAGAGAUGUUAGAUCGUGAUACUUUUCAAAGGCCUCACAUCUGAGUGGUGAUUGAAGUGCUGCAAAAUCUAGUUUUCUGAAAUGGUGCUCAGCCUUGUUCAAAAUCUUCCUUUUUUUUUUGCCUAUUGCUGUCAAGACAAUGAUGAUUAUGAAAUGUAGAGGAAAUUCAGGAAAAACCAAAAUUAACAGAUUGCAUUGUUACAUCUGGUCUCUUAUGAAUAUACUAAGAGGUUGAGCAUAGUUCUUCAUCACCUCA